AUGACGUGGCCGGGCGGAGCGGAAGUGGCGUCGCAGGUCGGCGUUGGCGGCGGGGCGCGGGCCGGCUCCGCGGCGGGGCCUGCUGCGUGCGCGGGGACGCCGAGGCCCGAGAUGGCGGCGCCCGGGCUGCAGCUCUGCGCGGCCGCCGCGCUGCUCCUCCUCCUCUGCCUGCCGCUGCGCGCCCGCGCCGACGAGCACGAGCACACGUACCAAGAUAAAGAGGAAGUUGUUUUAUGGAUGAAUACAGUAGGACCCUACCACAAUCGUCAAGAAACAUACAAAUACUUCUCUCUUCCUUUCUGUGUGGGAUCAAAAAAAAGCAUCAGCCAUUACCAUGAAACCCUAGGAGAAGCACUUCAAGGAGUUGAAUUGGAAUUUAGUGGUCUUGACAUCAAAUUUAAAGAUGAUGUAAUGCAGACUACUUACUGUGAAAUUGACCUGGACAAAGGAAGAAGAGAUGCAUUUGUGUAUGCUAUCAAAAAUCACUAUUGGUACCAGAUGUAUAUUGAUGACUUGCCAAUAUGGGGUAUCGUUGGAGAAGCAGAUGAAAAUGGAGAAGAUUAUUACCUUUGGACUUACAAAAAACUUGAAAUUGGUUACAAUGGAAAUAGAAUUGUAGAUGUCAAUCUGACCAGUGAAGGAAAGGUGAAAUUGGUACCAAACACAAAAAUCCAGAUGUCAUAUUCAGUGAAAUGGAAGAAAUCAGAUGUGAAGUUUGAAGACCGAUUUGACAAGUAUCUUGACCCAUCUUUCUUUCAGCACAGAAUUCACUGGUUUUCAAUUUUCAAUUCUUUUAUGAUGGUGAUAUUUCUGGUUGGCCUAGUGUCUAUGAUAUUAAUGAGAACUUUGCGAAAAGAUUAUGCAAGAUACAGCAAGGAGGAAGAAAUGGAUGAUAUGGACAGAGAUCUAGGUGAUGAGUACGGGUGGAAGCAGGUCCAUGGAGAUGUUUUUAGACCAUCCAGUCAUCCUCUAAUAUUUUCAUCGCUUAUUGGUUCUGGUUGUCAAAUUUUUGCUGUGUCUCUUAUAGUCAUUGUUGUGGCAAUGAUAGAAGAUUUAUACACAGAGAGAGGAUCAAUGCUUAGUACAGCUAUAUUUGUUUAUGCUGCAACAUCGCCAGUGAAUGGAUAUUUUGGAGGAAGCCUUUAUGCUAGACAAGGAGGAAGGCGAUGGAUAAAGCAGAUGUUCAUCGGAGCCUUCCUUAUUCCAGCAAUGGUGUGUGGAACUGCCUUCUUCAUUAACUUCAUUGCCAUCUAUUAUCAUGCUUCAAGAGCUAUACCCUUUGGAACCAUGGUGGCAGUGUGCUGUAUUUGUUUCUUUGUCAUUCUUCCAUUGAACCUCGUUGGUACAAUUCUGGGCCGAAAUCUGUCAGGACAGCCUAAUUUUCCAUGUCGUGUCAAUGCAGUGCCUCGUCCCAUACCAGAGAAAAAAUGGUUCAUGGAACCAGCUGUUAUUGUUUGCCUAGGUGGAAUCCUCCCUUUUGGAUCAAUUUUUAUUGAAAUGUAUUUCAUUUUUACUUCAUUCUGGGCUUACAAGAUCUACUAUGUUUAUGGCUUUAUGAUGUUGGUUCUGGUUAUCCUCUGCAUUGUGACAGUUUGUGUGACUAUCGUUUGUACGUAUUUCCUGCUAAACGCAGAGGAUUACAGGUGGCAAUGGACAAGCUUUCUUUCUGCGGCAUCAACUGCGAUUUAUGUUUACAUGUACUCCUUUUACUACUACUUUUUCAAGACAAAGAUGUAUGGCUUGUUUCAAACAUCAUUUUACUUUGGUUAUAUGGCAGUGUUUAGCACAGCUUUGGGAAUAAUGUGUGGAGCUAUUGGUUACAUGGGAACAAGUGCCUUUGUUCGUAAAAUCUACACUAAUGUGAAAAUUGACUAAGGAAAUAAGAAAAUUGAACUAUGGAUCAGUUCCUGUUUUCAUGGGGAUGAACUUGCACAACAAAAAGCGCGAGAAGAGAUUUGGGUUUUAACACUGGGCACUAUAUGGGUCUCCAUUUUGUGGAUGGCUUAAAGUAACAUCUAUUUCAUUGAUCCUAGGUUCUUACUGACUGCUUUCUCCAACUGUUCACAGCAAAUGCUUGGAUUAUAUGCAGUAGGCAUUACUACAGUACGUGGCUAAUCUUCCCAAAAACAAAAAACAAAAAACCUAGCUCAUUAAAGAUGAAUAGACUAGCUCUCUUCAGUGAAGAGGACAAACGGUUUAUUUAAAGCAUUUGUUCCAUUCAAUAAAAAGAGGGAAACUUGGCUGCUAAAACUACUUGAUUAGUAGUCUUCCUGGUACUUAACAUUUCUAAAUUAUGUAAAAAUGCUGUUCCAGAAAGAUUACUCUUCUGAUUUUUACUGCCAUUGCCAGGAUAAGGAGGUAUGUUUUAUAUUUUGACUCCAGGUGCUUUUUGGUUUAUUUGCGAUAUCAACUAUACCCUACACUCAUUUGUUUAAAAAAUAAUUUAAAAAUAUAUAAAAACCCCAUAUGCAUGUAAUAUAUCAGCUAUUGUUCUAGUUGGACCAACUUCCCUUUAUUUAUCUUUAAAGUAAUAUCCAGCUACAUCUUAAAUCCAUCCAAAGAAAAUACAGUCUGAAGAUGGGAUGUGUUCUCUGCAAUGCAAUUUACUGUACAGUUAGAAAGCAAAAUGUUAAAUGAAGAGGAUUGUUUUUUAAUAAACACUUUGAGGUCUAGAUUAAAGCAAAACCAACAUUUUAACUGAAUGUCUAAAGUGAUUCUCCUUUUUUCCAAGUUAGUAUUGCAUUUUUUUUUGGUUUGGGUUUGAAAGAAGAUUUUUCCUUUAGACAUUAUACAAGGGGUAAUAAGUGUAUAUAACAUUAAAUAAUGUAACUUAGGUGUAGAUCCCAAAUGUAUUUGGAUGUACAGAUUUACUACAGAGUACUUUUCUGAUGAUUCGGUGUAAAAAUGUGUGAAUUUGGGUGGCUUUUUACAUCUUGCCUGCCAUUGCAUGAAAAGUUGGGGUUUCUUCACAAUGUGUGUAUGUCAUGCUUUUCUGUUCUAUUUCCUUUCUCAAGCUCUUACAGGAAUUAAAUUUGUAAUUUAGAACAUUUUAAUUUUUGUUAAUCCUAUCUGGACACUUGUGUAACAUCAAAAGCACAGUUGCUUUAGAGUGUUCAGAAAACUAAAAUAAACUUUUCAGACAAAAAUGUUCUGAUUGUGAAAAUAGAUGAGUUUGCAUUUGAAAAUGUUUGAAAAGGCAAUACUGCUGAACGCCAGUUUCUGUAUACCGUAUUAGUGUGGUUUUCAAAUAUCAAACCCCCAUGCUUUGAAUUCAGAAUUUGCUUACAACUGUACAAUACAGCUCCAAAGUGGAUGACCAGCCCAAAAAGAUUCUUCUUGGCUGAACUGUUUGUGGAGAAAUCUGUUUUGUGAUCCAGAUAGUGUACUGAGAAAAAUGGGAGUAAGCGUGGACUGAAAUAAAUGGGCAAAUAAAGGUUACGUCUUUCUAAAAUGACUGUUAAUUAUGCACUGUAUUUAGCUAGAAAUAUCCUGAAUAUGUUUGUGACAGAUUUGAGAGCCAGUCGGCUUAAUUAUUUUUAUUUUUUUUUAGGCAUCUGCCAUAUAGGGAUGUUUUCAUCAGUGUGGAUGUCUGAAAUAGAGCAACUGGCAUGGAGAAGGCAGCUUCCUGAAUUUAAAAAAUGAGCAAAGUAUUUGUGUUGAUUAGCACUGUAUUUUCUCUAUAUAAAAAGUACUGAUAAUGCAGUAGCCACGAUGAGAAACAACCGUGCUUUGGUAGGGUUGGGUUGGAGGUUGGGGGAACUGAACUGAUAGGUAAUAGCGAGAAGCACUAUCGUGCAUCCUGUUGUAUGUGGCUUCUGAAAAUUAUUUGAGCUUUCAACUCUGAUUUCACUGGCCAAUUUUAACCAAUCUGUCAGAAAAUAAUUGUUUUGCUUCAAGUGAAUGGUUGGUGUCUGUAGCUGAACACUCUGCCAUUCAACAGAAGAUAAUUCUGUUUUUUUAAAGUACAGGCUGAUUUUCAGAUGAGCUUAUA